AUGUGUUUGCUGCUUACUGUGAAUGAAGACAGCUUUGAAACAGUCCUAGAGCCUCGACUGGAAUUGCUUUCCAGUCAGCUCUACAUAGCCCACGAAACUGGAAAAGUGGCUGAAGUAGUCUCUCUGGGUUUUCUGCUUUGCUGGAUAGGUGGAGACCUGACAAAUAUCAUAGGCUACUACCUGACUAACGAACUACUUAUUCAGGAUGUUCCAACCUUAGUUAUUCAAAGACUCCAUCACCAGAGAAAAGGUUGGAUUGGUUUUGGGAGUCCUGUGCCCUUUAUAUGGCUCAUAUUCCUUCAGAUAAGUGAAAUUAGCAAAUGAUACUACAUUUGUUUAUGCUAUAUUACUAUACAUAUUUCUAAAAGAAGAUUGGCUUUGUAA